AAAAGAAAAAAGAAAGACUUCCCGUACCUGACACCGGCAGUCGUUUCCGUCAGAGCAGAGCAAGAUACGAAACGAAGCGCAGCUAAGCAUGCUGCAGAUUUCGCGGACGCGUCUUCGAGACCAAAACAAAAGUAACUCUGUUGUUCCUCUCAACCCGGGCGGUCUCUCUUGAUUUCGUUUCUUUCUCACCGGACGCCGGAAGGAAGACAAGAAAUUGGAAGAGAAGCCAACUAAUUCCCUACUCCGAUUCUCCGAUUGUUUGCCUCUUUACAAUCAAGGGCAGCAAUGUCUACGGAGUCACCGAAUUCAGUCCAAAAAGUGGUUGUUCAUUUGAGAGCCACUGGGGAUGCUCCUAUACUCAAGCAAGCUAAGUUUAAGAUAGCUGGAACAGAGAAGUUUGCUAAGGUGAUUGACUUUUUACUUCGGCAACUUCACCGGGAGACACUGUUUGUAUAUGUCAACAGUGCAUUCUCACCAAACCCUGAUGAGUUGGUGAUUGAUCUAUAUAAUAAUUUUGGUUUUGAUGGAAAAUUGGUGGUCAAUUAUGCUUGCUCGAUGGCGUGGGGCUAAGUCUGGGAAAUGGCUUUCCUGAUACAUAAUGUACAAAACUCACAUUUUGCAUAAACUAGGGAACGAUAGUUGUGGUAUGAAAAACUUUGAUCAUGGUGGAGUCUACAAGACAGUUUUAUCUGUUUUUCUUUUUCUUUUUUUCUUAGUGGAUUCC